AUGCGUAGAUAUCUAAGAUCUGAUGCAACUCCUCUUUUACCUGAAGCAUACUGUGAUAUUAUAGAUACUAAAGAUAGUACCAAUACUGUGUAUAGUACUGAUGUUCCUAAUACUUCCGAUACUUUGCGUAUUACUGAUACUUCGCAUAGAUUCAAUAAUUUACACAUAUUUUUUACUAAUAUCACGGAUAGAGCCUGUAGUUAUGAAAAUCUGAUUGACUACCAAUACUAUGAUCAACCCACCAUCUAG